AUGGCUGAGAUCACGGCUGCCUCCUGCGAGGACGAGGAGGGAGACUCGCAUCGCAGCGCCUCCUCGCGCACGGCUUCCCCGGAGGAAGUGACCACCACGGCGGCCGCAUCGGCUCUGGCGCCCGGUCGCGCAGAGCCCGUGGCCAGGGAUGCCCGCCGGGCCCAGCUGCGUGUGGAGCCCGUUGCGAGGCCUCUGGAGCGACCUGCGGCCAAAGUCUCCUUCCGUCCGCCCGAGCGACAGCCUGUAAGGUCGAGCCCCGCGGCUCCCUCGACGGGCCGGCCGGUCGUGGCCCCCUCGGUAGACGCCGCGGAGGAUGCAGAGAGGCCCUUGCGCCUGCGCAUACAGAGCCUGGAGACCAGGGUGGAGACCAUGGAGAAUCACAUCAAGCGCCUGGAGGCAAAGCUGAGCCGCGAGCUCGAGGACUGCCGGAAGACCCAGGCGGCGCAGGCUGCGCAGGCCUCGCAGGCCUCGCAGGAGGAGGUGUGGGACGAGAUGUCGGCGAGGCUCCGCUUGGAGGUGGCGACGCAGGCUGCCCGCCUGGCCUCCAAGACGGAGGAGCAGCUGGCAUCUGCGGAUCGGCAGCUGACAGAGAUACUCAGCAAGGCGCAUGCGCUGCUUCAGCAAACUGCGGCCCAAGUCGAGGAGCAAUGCAUGUCCAGGCUGUCGCGACGUAGCAGCCAGCUCUUGCAAGAGAUGAAGGGGCUUCAAGGCGCCUUCAUCUCGGAGCAGAGGCGCCCCGCCCCCAGCAGAGUCGUGCCUGAGGAGGUACCGGUCUCGCCCCGGUAUCCAGGACUCUGGCCAACAGACUGGCAGGGCCACCCAGCGCAGCCCAGCGACACGCCCAGGGCCCCCAGCCAGGUCUUCCAGAGCGAUGCAAGGUACUGGGAGGGCCCGCAGGUGCCUCCCAUCAUGACCUCGGGUCGCGCCAUCCACACUCCCAGGGCGGAGGUGACCUUGCUGGAGCCCAUCGGCCGAUCAAGUCGACCUGGUCAGGAGCCCCUGACCUCCAGUGCAGGUUGGUGA